UCGUGACAGCAGUAGAAAAAACUGUGUGUUUGCGUUCCGUGAAACUCAGCCACAGCUGACACACACAAAAUAUAUUAUUUAUUUUCAACAAUGUUGUAAACCAAAUAUAAUAACACCCCAAAAUGUGGAUUAUUUUUAGUGCAGUUUGUGUACAAAUAGUCUUUCUCCUUUCAGUAUUUGAUAUUCAUUUUCAUUCACCGAUCGUGAAGGGAAUGUCUCCAUCUGCCAACCCGAUUCCGGCACCGGCUAAACGAUUAGUACUUUUCUCAGCGGACGGAUUGAGAUUUGAUACCUUUCUCAGCUAUGGAAAUGAUCGAGAACCUAACGCCAAAUUUCUCAGAUCGGUGGCAAGCAGUCGAGGAAAAUGGGGAUUGUCAAGUACUAGAGUUCCAACCGAGUCCCGUCCGGGACAUGUAGCAAUGAUUGCUGGACUGUACGAGGAUCCAUCUGCCGUAUUCAGAGGCUGGAAAGAAAACCCAGUUGAAUUUGACUCUGUUUUCAAUCAGAGCAGUUACACAUUUGGGUGGGGUAGCCCAGAUAUUCUUUCAAUGUUCUCAAAAGGAACAAAAGGGAAUGUGAUCACUUUCACUUAUUCUUCAGAAAGUGAGCAGUUCACUGGACAUGAUGCUUACAAACUUGAUGAAUGGGUUUUUGAGCAUUUUGAACGAUUUAUACAAAUGGCUCCACAUAAUGCCACCAUCUCCAACAUGUUAGAACAGCAACAGUUGAUAUUUUUUGUACACCUUUUGGGAUUAGACACUAAUGGUCACACCAAUAAGCCCCAUUCUACUUUGUAUACUGAUAACCUUCGGUAUGUGGAUCAGGGGAUCGGUAAAAUUGAAAGUUUGGUCAACGGCUAUUUCAAGGAUAAUAAAACAGCUUUUGUUUUUACUGCGGAUCAUGGAAUGACUGACUGGGGAUCUCAUGGAGCGGGUCAUCCAACAGAAACACAAACCCCUAUUGUGGCAUGGGGCGCCGGAAUCAACACGGAUCAUAUCGAUUCUUUACAUUGGGAGAACAAGAGGGACGAUAUGGAACAAGCUGAUAUCGCUCCUCUUAUGGCCGCUUUGCUGGGGAUCAAUUUCCCGGUGAAUUCAGUGGGGAAGUUACCUCUAGCUUAUCUAGCCGACGAUAUGCUAUGGAAAUCUCACGCUGCGUUGACCAAUGCCAGACAAUUGACGAGAUCCUUCCAAUCUCUGUCUCAACGCCAGCAAAACCAAAGUCUUUCGUGGCGAUUCCGGCCGUUCUGGCCAUUGGAAUCGAAUCAAGUGACUAUGCAUAACCUUCAGCAGAUAGAGAGUUCAAUUCGUUCUGGAUACUACAACGAAUCGAUCCAGCAAAGUGUUGAAUUAAUGGAUCUCUGCCUCCAAGGCAUGGAGUAUUUUUACCGUUACGACGAGUUCCAGUUGAAAAUGUGUAUUACGCUGGCCUAUAUCGGAUGGGCGGCUAUCCUGGUUGUCUUCCUUAUUCAAGAGCGGACGCCGGCAUCGAAAAAAAAAUGUGGCAAACAGUUUGGAUUGAUCGAUCAGAUCGCAUUCGGCUUAUCCGUCUUCAUCUUUAUCGUUUUGACAGUGGAAGGAGUCCCUUUUCUUUACUAUGCCUAUCAUUUACUGCCUUUGGUGUUGUGGUGGUAUUGUUUACGGCAGUCGCGAAAAAUGCUACGCCAAACCGUCCGUCUAGUCCGCAUCCGCCAUUUUAUAUGGACCGUCUUUCUCCUUGGUGGACUUGAGUUUCUAGUGGCAGGAUUUUUUCAACGGUGGUUCCUCUCUGUCGGACUCAUCUUUUUGUCUCUUUGGCCACACUGGGACCAGCGAUCGUCCAACCGUUGGCGACACCACGAGAUGUUCAAGAGUUUGUGGAUGUUUGCUUUUCUCGUUUUGGCCAUGUUUCCUGUUUUCCCCCCCGUAGGGAAACAUUCUUUUCCCAUUCUUGUGGACAUUGGAGGAAUGUUGUUGACGGUGAUGGCAUUUUGGAGCUCGUUGGUCAUGCAUCACGAUCGUGAUCGUACCGUGCUGGUUUGCUACACGAUAGCCAUACCAAUUACGCUUUAUGUCCGCCAUAGCGUCAGUGACAGUCUCGUUCAAGGACAAGGACUUCCUAUUUUGGAGCAAGUUCUUUCCUGGCUUCUUCUUGGUUUACCCUUGACAUUACCUGUCAUAGGGCCGUCCUUAUUAUGGCCUCGUUUGAUCGGGAUUGUCAUCACUUUGGCACCGUCUUUUCUUUUGUUGAGUUUGUCUUACGAAGGCAUCUUCUUUGUCGUUCUAGUCGUUGCGUUGGCCGUCUGGAUCCGGUUAGAGGCGGCAAUUCCGCCUUCAGAUUCUUUUUGGACUCAACUUCGCCGCUCUUACUUUUUCCUCUUUCUCACACUGCUUUCUUUCUUUGGACUGGGUAAUUUGGCUAGUCUGAAUAGUUUUGAUCCGAGCAGCGUCCGUUGUUUUGUCACCACCUUCUCACCGUUCACCAUGGCCGGCCUCCUGCUGUGGAAGAUUACUGUACCGUUCAUUGCCGUCUCCUCGGCUCUAUGGGCCGUUACGCUCCAGCACCAAUUGUCAAUGAAGAAUGUUUAUCUGAUGAUUUUGUUGCUGUCUGCCGCCAUGGCCGUUCAGUUUUUCCACUGGGUGACCUCCCGUGGCAGUUGGCUAGACAUUGGCACCUCCCUCUCUCAUUAUGUUAUCGUUCAAUUCACCGUUCUCUUUGUGAUGCUCCUCCGUUCCGUCGUCCAGUUCUUGACGUACGGUCCCAUUUAUUUCCACGUCCGACCUACAGCCAGCAAAUACGACAAAGACUGAAUGAAUUGAAACUUGCAUUGCCAAGGCCGACACAAUACCAAGAAGAAAGGAAUUAAACCCAGCCCAUUUCCUUUCAAUGUUCUACUAAUUCCCUCCCACAUUUUUAUUUCUUCGUUUAAUAUUCUGAAAUUCGCACACAACAAUAACAAGAAAAAAAGAAAUACAAAUGUCUCUCAUGAA